GGAGAUGCUGCAGCGUCUGCGCUCCUCCCUGUGCCGGGUGCCCGCCGGUGCCUCUCCAUUCCGUCCGCCAGUGCCGGCCACGCGGAGCAGCAGCCCCGGGCUCGCGGGAUUCGCCGUGCGCCACGCAUUGCCACGCGCCCGCAGCUUCGUCAUGGCCUGCUUGCCCCCGGCAACUGCAGCCCUGGCACGCCAGGACUGCAGUAAUGGAUGCUCGGUGCCCUUUGCUGGAGAUUCAGGACCCCAAGUGGCUGAGACUUUCAGGGCCAAAGACCUCAUCAUCACACCAGCCACCGUCUUAAAGGAAAAGCCAGACCCCGACACCCUGGUGUUUGGAGCUUCCUUUACUGACCACAUGCUGACGGUGGAGUGGUCCCUGGCAUCUGGAUGGGAGAAACCUCACAUUAAGCCCUUUGAAAACUUAUCCAUACAUCCCGCCGCCUCGGUUUUGCACUAUGCCGUGGAACUAUUUGAAGGGUUGAAGGCUUUUCGAGGCGUUGAUAAUAAGAUCCGGUUGUUUCGACCCGAACUCAACAUGAACAGGAUGUGCCGAUCCGCUCUGAGGGCCACUUUGCCGGUGUUUGACAAGGAGGAGCUUCUGGAAUGCAUUCGGCAGCUUAUACAGAUAGACCAAGAGUGGGUUCCCUAUUCCACCUCUGCCAGUCUUUAUAUCCGCCCCACGUUUAUUGGCACCGAGCCGUCUCUUGGAGUCAAGAAGCCUUCCAGGGCCCUGCUCUUUGUGGUCCUGAGCCCUGUGGGGCCUUAUUUUUCUAGCGGAACCUUUAAGCCAGUGUCGCUGUGGGCCAAUCCGAAAUAUGUCAGAGCCUGGAAAGGUGGAACGGGGGACUGCAAGAUGGGCGGCAAUUAUGGUGCGUCCCUUUUGGCACAGUGCGAGGCCAUGGAGAAUGGCUGUCAACAGGUCCUCUGGCUGUAUGGCAAGGACGACCAGAUAACGGAAGUGGGCACGAUGAAUCUGUUCCUCUACUGGAUAAACGAAGAUGGAGAGGAAGAGCUGGCGACGCCUCCGCUAGAUGGCAUCAUUCUCCCAGGAGUGACGAGGCAAAGCAUCCUAGAGCUGGCACAGCAGUGGGGUGAGUUUAAGGUGUGUGAGAGAUACCUCACCAUGGAUGACCUGACCACUGCCCUGGAGGGGAACAGAGUGAAGGAGAUGUUUGGCUCAGGGACGGCCUGCGUUGUCUGUCCAGUUUCAGACAUCCUGUACAAGGGUCAGAUGCUGCACAUUCCAACAAUGGAGAAUGGUCCCAAGCUUGCAAGCCGUAUCUUGGGAAUGUUGGCUGAUAUCCAGGCCAGACUUGAUGUUGGAGCUUGGAUACCUUGGUACAAUGUUCGGUUACGUCUGCACGGAGACCCUGAGGACUGGAGCCGCGCAAUGGGAGAGCUGCAGUGUAGUGUGCUGACUGCCUGCAGCUCAUUGCCCCGUGAUGGUUCUCUGCUGACGCCCGGUAGGGAACGAUCCCACAGCAUGUCCCGGCAGUCACGACUACACAGAGGAAGCCUGACCCUCACAGGCAAGGGCUUUGUGCCCCCUUUGCUGUCACGCCUGGCGGAUUUGGUGGCUGAGAGCAAGCCCGUGGGAGCCGCAGGGACGGAGAACCAGUCCCCUGCCUCUGUGGACCCUGUGCUCCAGCAGCAGGACCAUCAGCCCAAGGAUGGCACCACCCAUGCCAAUCAUAAGUCAGGAAAAUGCCGCACAGGCUUGCCUACUGGCCAAUCAGAUGUGGUGAUGACCGGGCCUUGA